UUCGUCACUCAAACUACAAAAAACCGCACAAAUCCACUGGGUGCGCCUAUGAAAUACCAGGAAUGUUUGACCAUAAGGUUGGCCCGACUGCCGUGCCCAUGUCAGUUCAGUGAGAAACAACAUGGCGUUCGGGUUUGACAACGUCCCGUUCUCCUGUUAACCAUUUGAGCCCUAGGACUACAGUAACAAGGCUUGCAUGAUCCACCAUGAGCUCUAGACGGUGGUUUUGGCCGACAAUCAGCGGCAUCGACGCCGAAAGGGUGUUGAUGGAGAGGGGCGUCGAUUGCAGCUUCUUGGCAAGGCCCAGUUCCUCAGUGCCUGGCGACUUCACUCUAUCAGUCCGGCGUAAUGGCGAAGUCACCCACAUCAAGAUACAGAAUUCCGGCGACUUUUACGAUCUGUAUGGCGGCGAAAAGUUUGCCACCCUCUCCGAGCUGGUCCAGUACUACAUGGAGAAACAGGGCCAACUGAAGGAGAAGCACGGCGACGUGAUCGAGCUGAAGUAUCCGCUAAACUGCGACGGGCCCACCACUGAAAGAUGGUUCCAUGGGCAUUUGUCCGGUAGGGACGCAGAAAAGCUGAUCUUAGACAGAGGCAAGAACGGCAGUUUUUUAGUGCGCGAGAGCCAAUCGAAGCCGGGCGAUUUCGUCCUUUCGGUUCGGACUGACGAUAAAGUCACGCAUGUGAUGAUACGCUGCACCCCAGACAACAAAUACGACGUGGGAGGCGGCGAGAAGUUCAACACACUGGCCGAGCUGAUCGAGCACUACAAAAAGAACCCAAUGGUGGAAACUUCGGGAACAGUCGUCCACCUGAAACAGCCCUUCAAUGCUACCAGGAUUAACGCAUCCGGGAUUCAUUCCAGAGUGAAACAGCUGCAGUCAGAGAAUGGACCAAACAGUUUCGGCAAGGCGGGCUUUUGGGAGGAAUUCGAGUCGUUGCAGCAGCAGGAGUUCAAGCAUUUGUACUCGCGAAACGAGGGCAGCAAGCCGGAGAACCGCAACAAGAACCGAUACAAGAACAUCCUGCCUUUUGAUGAUACGCGCGUUAAACUGAAGAACGUGGACGCGUCGGUGGCAGGCGCCGAUUACAUCAACGCUAACUACAUCAGCUGGAAAACUGACGACGCCAGCGAAACGGGCGGCGAGAGCGUCGGCAAAGUCUAUAUUGCCACCCAAGGGUGCCUGCCCUCCACAGUCCCCGACUUCUGGCAAAUGGUCUGGCAGGAGAACUGCCGCGUCAUCGUGAUGACCACCAAGGAGACCGAGCGUUUGAAGAACAAGUGUGCGCGCUAUUGGCCCGAUCCGGGGGAAAGCAAGGAGUACGGCCAGGUUGUGGUGAGGAACCUUGUGGAGUCCUCCACUCCCCAUUACACCCUGCGGGAGUUCCUGGUCACCAUGGAGGGCUCGGAUGAGGAGCGCAAAGCCUUCCACUACCACUUCACGGCCUGGCCGGACCACGGCGUGCCCUCAGAUCCGGGCUGCGUCCUCAACUUCCUCCACGAAGUGAACAAGCGGCAGGACGAGCUACAGCGGGAACUACCCAAUAACCAGCCCCCCGGCGCUAUUUUAGUCCACUGCUCUGCCGGCAUCGGACGCACCGGCACCUUCAUAGUCAUUGACAUGAUUCUUGAUCAACUGAAGCGCUACGGGCUGGACUGCGAGAUCGACAUCCAGCGCACUAUUCAAAUGGUGCGCUCCCAGCGCUCCGGGAUGGUGCAAACCGAAGCUCAGUAUAAGUUCGUCUAUCUGGCUGUUCAACAUCACAUUGAGACCAUUACGGAGCGCAUCAAGGCUGAGCAGAAGUCGCUCCAGUCCGGACGGGAGUACACAAACAUCCGUUACAGCGGUAGCGACAUUGGCAACUUGGGCACGACGCUGUCCAGCACUAUGACCCUCUUCCCGCAGUCACCCACUCCAGUGGUGCUACGCCCCGAUGCCAAAAAGCCCCAAAGGGCCGUAUCGGAAAUUCCCUUGCCCAGGCCGCCGGAGGAUUUGGCCAAACCGAUUCUUUACGAAAACAUUCCGGGCAAUUCUGGCCAGGCGCCCCCGCCACCGCCGCCGCCUCGAAAAACAUGACGGCAGAGUUUCUUCUAGUGCGUCAAGCUCAGACUGGACCAAGCUACAUGUGAUAGAUUAUCAGUUGGGACUUUCGGACAUACAUAAGGCCGCUAUGGGCGUCGAACACUAUCUUCGAUAUACAUAUAUUUUUUAACGGUGACUAAGUGUUCAAACAGUUGAUGUUCAAUUCUAAGUGCACGUAUCCCACCCACCUGUUGUUAUAUAGCGACGUGUUAAUUGUUCGUGUUAGCGGCGCGAGUUGAAAGUGAUAAUUUAUCGUGAUUUUUUUACCUUUAAUCGAGCAUAUUUUGUAUUUAUUAAAUUUUCCCUAUUUGUGCUACGUUGACAAAAAUACCAGAAAUAUUCGCGCUGAUUUUUAUUAUUAAACUGGUUAUAUUGCAAAA